AUGUGGCCCCGCACCCGAGAGCUGCCCACGCGCUUCGCGCCCACGACCCAUUGGAAGCUCUUCCUGCGCGAGGACAAGCAGCUGCCCAGCGCCGCCGCUGCCAAGGCCCAAGCGCGCGCGCCGCACCACCGCCACAGCACCGCCGUCCGCGUCCGAGUGACGUCGUCUAUUCCGUCGCCCACGGGUCUGCUGGGUUCGGUCCACACCCACCUGUUCAGCCGCGGCCCACCCGCGACGCAAUCGAUCCCGCAAUCAGCCCGCUUCGACCCGCGGGUCGAGCACACCAAGUACACACCAAGUUCGGGACUCAUUCCGCCUCUGCACAAGCCGUUCCGCAGUAUCCAAAUAGCCAAGAGACAGUCGGCGGUUAACUCGGCAGCAGCGUCAGGUGCCAGUUCGGGCCAGCAGGGGGACGAGGAGUGCCAGCUGCCCAUGGACAUGGAGUGCGGCUGCAAGACCAAGCGCGAGAAGGAGCGGCAGGAGAAGGAGGCGCUGAUGCUCGCGGAGCGGAGGCGCAUGGAGCAGGCGCAGGACAACCAGCAGAAGGAGUACGACAAGAUGCACGCCAUGGUGCAUAAGUCCACGGCCGCCGGCGUGCAGAGCAGCUUCCACCGCCGCCACCUGCCGCAGGACUGCAUCGCGUUCUCGAGCCCCGAGGGCCGCAAGCUCUUCACCGAGGCCAUCAACAGCAACACGAACACCAACUACAUGCAGAUCUACUUCCCGCUGGCCGAGCAGUUCAUCACGCAGGCCGAGCCCGCGUACUGCGGCCUGGCCACGCUGGCCAUGUGCCUCAACGCGCUGCAAAUCGACCCGGGCCGCCUCUGGAAGGGCCCCUGGAGGUGGUUCAGCGAGGAGCUCUUUGACUGCUGCACGUCGCUCAGCGUGGCCAAGGAGAAGGGCAUCAGCAUGUCCGAGUUCAUCUGCCUCGCGCGCUGCAACGGCGUGCACACGGAGGACUACAGGGCCACGAGCGACUUCACGCUCGAGCAGUUCAGGGACAUUGUCAAGCACAGCUGCGCCACCAGCUCGGAGAUCGUCGUGUUGAACUAUAGCCGCAAGGUGCUCGGACAGACGGGAGACGGACACUUCUCGCCCAUUGGCGGCUACCACGCCGAGAGGGACAUGGUGCUGCUCAUGGACGUGGCCAGGUUCAAGUACCCGCCCCACUGGGUGAAGCUCUCGAUGGUGUUCGACGCGAUGCAGAGGAUCGACCAGUCCAUGGACUUGCCCCGCGGCCUCGUGAUCCUGAGAGAGGGAGCCCACGCCACGGGCCCCACGCUUGUCAAGCAACAGCUUAUCCAUUGCGACGAGCAGAUGGCCUUGCCCGUGGCGCAGGCGCCUCAGCCGUGUUGCUACAGCUCCGCGGCGGUCGAGGCGGCGCGCCGCAUCGCGGAACCCGCUGUGACGACGCAGCAUUAG